AGUCAUAUUUUUUAAUGGAACUAGAGUAAAAAAGUAACAUUGAGCAAAAGAAAUGUGUUGAAAAGAAAAAUAGAAAAAAAUGACAUCAAUUUUCAGUAAAGAGCAAUCAGGAUAUGUUGUUGUUGGAAUAGGAGUCGGUCUUGUCAUUGGAUGGUUUCUUAGAGGACGUUUUCGUCCUAAAUUAGCUGUUUUAUCUUCAAAAAAUGGUUCAAAUGAAGCAGUAUUUUCUUCAGAUAGUGGAGAGUACAAAUUGGUGUUUGUUGUAAGGAAUGAUUUGAAAAUGGGGAAAGGAAAAGCAGCUGCUCAGUGCUGUCAUGCUGCAGUCAUGUCAUAUGAAGCUGUCAGUAAAACAGACCCAGAAAUGUUCAGGAAAUGGAGAAUGUAUGGUCAGCCAAAAGUUGUUGUCAAAACAGAAACAGAGAAAUCUUUAUUACAAAUAGCAAGAGAUGCUAGAUCUUUAGGACUUAAUGCUAGCUUAGUAAAAGAUGCUGGUCGUACUCAGAUAGCACCAGGAUCUAUAACAGUCACGGGUAUAGGACCAGGACCAGAAGAAUUAGUGAAUCAAGUGACAGGACAUUUAAAACUGUUUUGAAAUUUUUUAUUAAUUUUUUUGUUAUAUUAAAAGUUUUUAUUUUGA